GUGACAAUUGCAAGAAGGAAAACCGAGGCAAUCAGCAGGAAGUUUCAUGCAAGCUCUGUUACGGAGGUAUGGCAGAAAAAGAAGCCAUGGGAAGUGUUGCCCUGACUUCUGUCGGUCAGGGAUCCCUCGCCACUUCUCCGCCUGGCAUCCUUUCCCCCGAAGACACUGGGAACUGGAAAGGGGUGUGAGCGAGGCUGAGCAGAGGAGGAGGGGCAGGGAAGGGGCUCCUGUGGGGGCUUGGGCGAGCAUCAGCAGGGCAGCAUCAGCAGGGCAGCAUCAGCAGGGCAGCAUCCCCCGCCUGUGCCGCCCACGCUGCGGCCGCGGGCGGGCGCGGAGCCGGGAUCGGAGCCGGGAUCGGAGCCGGGAUCGGAGCCGGGAUCGGAGCCGGUAUCGGAGCCGGGAUCGGAGCCGGGCGCUGGACGGGGCUCGGAGCUGGGAGCGGAGCCGGGAGCUGGACCGGGCACUGGACCGGGCACUGGACCGGGAUCGGAGCAGGACUCGGACUCGGAGCAGGGAGCGGAGCCGGGAGCUGGACCGGGCACUGGACCGGGAGCUGGACCGGGCACUGGACCGGGCACUGGACCGGGCACUGGACCGGGAUCGGAGCAGGACUCGGACUCGGAGCAGGGAGCGGAGCCGGGAGCGCAGCUCGGGCUCUGCCCCCGCUCGGAGUGCGCUCAGACCUGCAAGAACUUCUGAAAGAACUUGUGACCAUGUGCAGUCUUAAGUGCUGCAGUCUCAGAGCCCUUUUCCUGUUGCUGCUCUGUAGGUCAAUGCAAAUUCCUGAAGCUGAAGGAAACAGUGAAAUUCUACCUCCAACUAUACAAAAAAUAAUAAAAGGGUACAACAAGUAUUUACGUCCAUUUUUUGAUAAUGGUCCUGUGUCCGUUGGGAUGAGUAUGGAUAUUGCAAGCAUUGAUACAAUAUCAGAAAUAAAUAUGGAUUACACAGCUACCAUAUUCCUAAGACAGAGGUGGACGGAUGAGAGGCUUUGUUUCGAUGGCAAUAAGAGCUUGAGCUUGGAUGGUCGACUUGUGGAAAUGCUUUGGGUGCCAGAUACCUUUAUAGUUGACUCAAAAAAGUCUUUUCUUCAUGAUGUCACAGUUGAGAAUCGUCUCAUAAGGAUAUACCCUAAUGGCACAGUCUUGUAUGCUAUAAGGGUCACCACAACUGUUGCAUGCAGCAUGGACCUGACUAAAUAUCCAAUGGACAAGCAGACAUGUACUUUGCAACUGGAGAGCUGGGGUUAUAACAUCAAUGAUGUCACGUUUUACUGGACCAGAGGAAAUGAUUCCGUUCGGGGUUUGGACACGCUCCGGCUGGCACAGUACACUGUGGAGGAUCACUUCACCUCUGUAGCUGAAGCUGUGUAUGAGACAGGACGUUACCCAAAACUUGUGUUCCACUUUGAACUCAAGAGAAACAUCUUGUAUUUCAUAUUAGAGACAUAUGUACCAUCAAUCCUGCUGGUGGUGCUCUCCUGGGUAUCCUUUUGGAUCAGCCAGUCAUCAGUUCCAGCCAGGAUCUGCAUAGGUGUCACCACAGUCCUUACAAUGACAACACUGAUGAUGGGAGCCAGAACCUCACUCCCCAAUGCUAAUUGCUUUAUCAAGGCAAUUGAUGUGUACCUUGGUAUCUGCUUCAGCUUCAUCUUUGGAGCACUGUUAGAAUAUGCUGUGACUCAUUUCUGCACUCUGCACCAACUCAGCUCAAAGGAACUUCCAAAGAUUAUUGAUGAUGAUGAUGGUGAAGAAGAGAAGAAUGGAGUCCUGGCAGCAGUGACAAACAGUUGCAGUGCCCCUGACAACACGAACGAGCCCGACUCAAACCAGAGCAAACGACCCAGCACCGACAGAAAAAGGGAGAGAAGCCAACACAGUGUCUGCAGCUCAGCAAUGUCAGUCAUGAGAAGACUUUUCUGCAUCUUUGAUUGCUUCCAUGUUAAAAAUCCUUACCACAUAGACAACUAUGCCAGAUUCUCUUUCCCGUUAUCAUUCAUGAUAAUUAAUGUACUGUAUUGGGUGUAUUAUUUGUAUUUCUAAAUAUUUUAUUUUGGAAUAUUAGUUUAAUGUUUAGAAAGUGGACAUGGGAGGGGAAGUUGCAGAAAAAAUUGAGAAGUUAAGUUUGGAUAAAGGGAUAUAAAAAGACAUGCCACCUUUUCAAGUGUGUCUGAAAAUUCUGUUAACUCACUUUUCUGCUUUUAAAUGUCUGUCAUCCAAAACUGGCUUUGUAUUAGCAUGCAUGUCCCCUGUGAAACUACUUAUCAAAGGCCAGUAAGUCCUUUUUUUUAAUAUUUAAUGCUCAACUUUGUAAAAUAAGAAUUAUAUUAUACUUGUUUCUGAACUCCACUGAAUAAAUGUAAAAAUAAAAUGCUGUUUUCCUUUUCUGC